AUGGCCUUCCUCCUAUUAUCCCUCCCACUCGCCUUGGGCGUGAUAGUCCUCUUCAGCCGCUGGCAAAACGACCCUCUCACCUCGAUCCCCGGCCCAGCAAUCGCAAAAUGGACAGACCUCGUUUUGAAAUACCACUGGCUCGUCGGCAACCGCAUGAAGUACGUCCACGCCCUUCAUGAGCGCUACGGCCCCAUCGUGCGUAUCAGCCCGGACGAAGUCGACGUCUGCGAUCUGGCCGCCGUUAAAGAGAUCCACCGCAUCGGUACUCCCUUCACUAAGCCGUACACGUUCUAUCGCAACCUCACCAGCCCAGACAUGGAGAACCUGUUCAACACCUCGGACGUCAAAUUCCACGGCGCACGACGCAGGCUCUUCUCGAGCCCCGCGUCCGACACCGAGCUACACAAAUCCGAGGCCCUUAUCGACGCCCGUGUUAAACUUGCGAUUGAGAAGAUGCGCGCGGAGAUGAAGACGGCACCCUCUGGCGCUGUCGAUGUCUUCCAGUGGUGGAUAUUUAUGACGACGGAUAUCAUCGGCGAGCUUUGCUUCGGCGAUUCAUUCCGCAUGCUCGAGUACGGCCGUAACAACCAGUACUCUCACGACCUGACUGCCGUUGCCGCCACCGAAGCUGUCAAGGUUGCUUUCCCCGGCCUCAUCAGUCUAGCAGGCUCGAUCCCCUUUCCCAUACCGUACAUUCAGGAAGCGGCACAGGCAGGCGCUAGACUAGGAAAGUAUGCCGUCGAGUCCAUCGAGCGAUACAAGGCGCUUCUCUCCAGAUCUCUCUCCUCCCCGACAGCAGAGCCAAUGAAACAAACCCUCUUCACGCGCCUCUUCCAACUCCAAUCCAGCAAUAGCAAAACCGGUGCUGAAGAAGAAGACUCCCUCCCAGACAAAGCCAUCCUCGACGAAGCAAUCACCUUCAUCGUCGCCGGCAGCGACACAACCGCAAACACCCUCACCUACCUAGUCUGGACCCUCUCACAGCCCGCCAACGCCCACCUCCUAUCCAACCUCGUCACCGAACUCUCAUCCCUCCCUGAGGACUUCACAGACAACGACCUCAAGCCCCUCCCGCAUCUCAACAAUACCAUUAACGAGACUCUCCGGCUAUACUCGGCCGUCCCCUCCGCCCUCCCCCGCGUAUCAAACACACCCACAACACUAGCAACACAUCCCAUCCCCGCGAACACAAUUGUAACAACACAAGCGUACACACUACACCGCGAGGAAUCGAUUUACCCCAAUCCGCUCGAAUUUCAGCCUGGUAGGUGGGACAAUCCAACGCGGGAGAUGAAGGACGCAUUCAUGCCUUUUGGCGGCGGGGCAAGGACUUGUCUAGGCGUGCAUCUUGCGAGGAUGGAGUUGAGGCUUGCGACGGCGAGAUUCUUCAGGGCUUUCCCUGAGGCAAAGGUUCAUGGGGAUAUGAGGGCCGAGGAGAUGGAUCAGGUGGCGUGGUUCUUGCUCGCGCCGGUAGGGAAGCGGUGUUUGAUUCGGGGACAGUAA